AUGAGCGCGAGGCUGACGGCUUCUGAACCGAUCCCGACAACGCGCAGCGAAAGGAAGGGAGGAGGUGUGCCGAUCCCCCUCCGCCCCUCCGUCUCGCUCACCUCCUACUCGGCAGCGGGGUCGCCCACUUUAAAGGCCUCCUUCUCGCACAGCCAGCGCGUCCCCCUCUCCACGAGCGAUGCGCCGCCGCAAGGGAGAAUCAGCUCCCCCCCCAUCGCCUCAAUUUCGCUGCCGACCUACAGCAACGUCGCGGGGGACGGGGAGGCAGGGGGGAGGUGCGGCUCCCUCGUGCUGCGCUCCUACCGGCAGCUCUCCUUCGCACGGACGGCGGCGAACCCAAGUGGGGUCGGCUCCCCGAUCUGCGGCUCAGAGCGUUCGCGGAGCGCCUCCCUCACGAGCGUGAGCUGGAUGCUAAAAGGUGCAAAUACGUUGAGCAACGGCAUGUCGUCCACCCACACGCGAUAUCUUGCGAUCACCGGGCACCCGGUCGGGCUUGAGAACUACGGCAACACUUGUUAUUACAACUCCGUGAUUCAGCUCCUCUACCACUGCGUCCCCCUCCGCCUCCGGCUACUCGAGCUGCACGACAUCUACGCGAGCAAAAAAGGCGGCAUCGGGUUUGACGAAAAGACGCCGCUGUACUACCUCUGCGCCCUUUUUGCUACGAUGCAUAAGUUGAAUAACAGGCCGAAACAGGGGGGCAUGACAAAAUUGUGCGAUGUGGUGGAUCCGAGACCGCUUCUGCAGUGUGUCUGCAAGCUCAACUCCACCUUUGACAACAGCAUGCAGCAAGAUGCACACGAGUUCGCCAUGUUCUUGCUGAACAAUAUCAUGGAGACGGAGAAGAAGAUGAUGACAGAUCCAAAAAACCGCGCCCUAUUUGAGGAGGAGCUCAAAAAGAAGAAGUCUUAUGCUUUUUGGCGAAAAGAUAAGAAGAAGAAGUCCUUGGCGCCGGGCGAAUCCUUGGCAAACACGACGCAGGUCGACCCUCGACAGAUGGGGGCGGGAGGGUCGCUUCGAGAUUCCCUCCCUGAUGACGUCGAGAGCAGCGGAGGCCCCGCGGCCCCGAAGCCGGGGGUGAUGCCCGGCCUCACCCCGCUAGAAUCGAUCCUGAAGGGGAUGUUCUGCUCCCUCACAGCAUGCUUCAGCUGCGGGAAGGUCUCCACCCGCGAGGAGCUCUUCAUGGAUCUCAGUGUGGAUACGAAGCAAGGAUGCUCACUCCUGCACUGCCUUCAGCACAUCGGCGAUCAAGACUACUUCUAUGGAAAAAAUAAAUUGCGCUGUGGAAGGUGCAAUGAGCUGGUGUGUGCGGCGAAGAGGAUUUACGUGCAAAAGCUCCCCCAGUACGCGCUGAUAGUGCAUCUCAAACGGUUUUGGUAUGAUGCGAAUAGGGAGAUGUAUACGAAGGCAUCGGAUCACGUCGCGGUACCCACUUCGAUGGAUCUCGAAGAAUACGAGACGGAGACCUCGCAUGAGAAUAACCCCCACGAGCAUGGCGAAAAUCGAGCCAACCUAUCCAACGGCUUUCCAAACGUCGAGGAGGAGAACUCAAAAGGAGAGGAAGAAACAAAGGAGUCUCUAAAUAAGGCUUCCAAGGAAAGCAGUGCACAAGGGGAUGGGCAUCGCGCGAAUUUGGAAUCGAUACGGCACGUGAUGCAGAGCAUCGCACGGCAUAAGGCGCGCUUCGAGCUAACGGGAUUCAUCGCUCAUCGUGGACAAGGCGUGAGCAUCGGGCAUUACUUCACGUGCAUUAGAUACAACGAACAGCUUUGGUAUUGCUUUGAUGAUAAAGUUGUGAAUAUCAUGACGGCGAGGGAUGUGCAGCAGUUCUUUGGGAUAUCAAGUAACUUGCCAAAUGUGGUAAAUACGACGGCGUAUAUCUUGCUUUAUGAACGAGUCGCUUAA